AUGGUGCAUGUGAUGGCGGUCGCCGCCCUUCCGGUGCAAUGCCCCACCGGCGACGAUUCGAUUGAAGAGCUCCCUCACGAUGUGGACGUCGCAGUCGUCUUAGUAGGCGAGGUGCUCCCCCGUGGCCUUGUUGGUGCAGAGGUAGGUGACGCCGAACUAGCCACGGUCGAGCACCUGCCCCAACUCGUACCGACUGCCGAUGUCGCGGCCGGUGGGGUUCCUGAGGACGACAAGGCUAGGGACCGGCCCACAGUGAGCGGUUGCACAAGCAAAGGAAAGUACGCUGCAACGACGGCCGGAGGUCAGCUCCAAGUGCUCGGGGCACUCGACCUUGCAAAGACGCGGUGGUAUCACUUCACGGCCACCGUCAUUGCUGGCAUCAGCUUCUUCACCGACGCCUACGAUCUCUUCUGCAUCUCCCUCGUCACGAAGCUCCUUGGCCGCAUCUAUUCCUUCGACCCCAACUCGAAAUCGCCCGGGACGUUCCCGCUCAACAUGUCCGCUGCCAUCACCGGCGUGGCCUUCUGUGGUGCCCUCUCUGGCCAGCUCUUCUUCGGGUGGCUCGGCGACAAGCUCGGCCGCAAGAAGGUGUAUGGCAUGACGCUCAUGCUCAUGGUCAUCUGCUCCAUCGCGAUCGGCCUCUCCCUCGGUCACACCGCCAAGGGCGUCAUGGCCACCCUCUGCCUCUUCCGCUUCUGGCUCGACUUUGGUGUCGGCGGCGAUUACCUGCUCUCCGCCACCAUCAUGUCGGAGUACGCCUACAAGAAGACCCAUGGCGCCUUCAUCGCAGUCGUUUUCACUACGCAAGGCUUCGGCAUCCUCACAGGCGGAAUCGUCUCCAUCAUCAUCUCCGCCGCCUUCAAGGAGCCCUUCGACUAUCGGGCCUACAGGGACCACCGCACCGGCUCCACCGUCCCGGAGGCCGACUACAUCUGGUGA